AUGUCUGCAAGCUCUUCUCAAAGCAGCAACCUUUCAGCAUCACCCGCAGCGUUAUUCUUGUCCGCCUUCAGCAGCCCAACGGCGACCUAUGCUCCUUUACCAGACGAUGAGGGCCAAGUCGUUGCCGGCUACACUCUUGGCGCAAUCAUUGGCCACGGAGCUUCUUCUAUCAUACGGCGAGCGUCCUCACCUACUGGCGGCGUCGUAGCUGUGAAGAUCGUUCGCCGCUCGGAUCUUGUCAAGGCUGGAAACGCUCCACAAGCACGCAAACGUCUGCAGCAUGAAGCGUCUAUCUGGUCCUCUCUGAGCCAUGAACACAUCCUGCCUCUCUUCUCUGUCGUUCAUACUUCCUACGCUGAUUAUUUUGUCACCUUGUUAUGUCCUGCUGGGUCGCUUUUCGAUAUUUUGAAGCGAGAUGGGCGGCUGGCGCUACCACAGGAUGAUGCAGGGAUGAUGUUCAGGCAGGUAGUGAGAGGUUUGCGAUACUUGCAUGAAGUUGCGAUGUUCGUCCAUAGGGACAUGAAACUAGAGAAUGUGCUGGUGGAUGAGAUGGGUGUGUGCAGAAUCGGUGAUUUUGGAAUGACAAGGAAGAUUGGUGAGAUCGAUGAAGACGAUCAACUCCAGGCCGAGCAACACGACACUCCUCCUGACAAUUUGCACCACCCUGCCGUUCAUCGUGCUGUGUCUCUAGCUCUCCCAUCCUCAAAGCGAAGGACAAGUUUCCAGUUACAUCAAGUAGCACGCCAUAGCAGCACUCGUCAUCGUAAUUCCACAUCUAACAUCGAUCCUGCACAUGUAUUCCAGCCAGGGUCCCUUCCCUAUGCACCUCCCGAGCUUCUCCUUCCUCAAACGGCAGAUGCCAUGCGACCCCAUCCAUGUCAGGAUAUCUGGGCGCUCGGCGUUAUGCUUUACACUUUGCUAACAGGACGGUUGCCCUUUUCGGAUUCAUUUGAGCCUCGCCUUCAAAUGAAAAUACUAAACGGUGAAUACGAAGUCCCCACAGAUAUAGGUCGGGGCGCCGAGCGAAUUUUGAAAGGCUGCCUCGAGCGCCAGAUCUCAAACAGAUGGACUAUUGCCAUGGUCGACGAAAUAGCAUGGGGUGUCGGUUGGGGCGCAGAAGGUGACGACGCCACCCACGGCGAGUCAGACGAUGAUCUGGAGUUGCAAUGCGGAAGAGCAUCAGCUUCACAAUCUCGUUCUCACUCUCGUCCUGCAGAACUUUCUAUUCCUGAUAUCUCUGACUGGCAGCACGAAGAACCAAGGUCAAGGCCAGCGCUUGAUGCUGCUUCACGACGGUCCUCCUCUAGGGCCAAGCGUUCGCAGUCGAGGGCGCCCAUCGUGACCUCGUCUGCGAGGGCGUCUAAUCGAAGCAUGUCACGGCAUUCUCGAGCCCCAUCACCAUCUCACAUUUCCAUCAGCACCUCUAUCUUGAACCUUUCUUCGACCACUUCAUCUCCAUUCUCGAGUUCACCGUCGUCAGCAGUUUCGUCAGCAGUUGAGCGCGGACGAAAGCCUAACAAAUCCCACACCUUUGCCUCACGUUCACCAAGUCCCAGCAUCGUGCCUACGACGCCGGCGGACAUCGAAUCCCUCUUCCAUCCCCCAACAGUUCUCGAGCAACCCGAUGAGCUCGACUUAGAUUCACCCAGAGAUAACGGUCGGAGCUUAAGAUCUAUCCGACACGGAGAUUUGUACUCUGCCGUACACCAGAGGGAAGAUACGCGCGACGUCCCGUCUGAUUGGUCGGCGGAAUUGGGCAAGAAGCCGAUACCAGAAGAUCAGGUGUCGCUCUCGUCAAACGGGCAUGAUGAACUUAACCAUCAUGCCCGCCGAAGCGCAAGGUCGUCACGUAACUCCAGCCUGGCUCCGUCUCGACGGAAACGUCCCGCCAGUGCACAACCCCCCUCCUCCACCAAAAGUUGGGCAAUAGAUCAGGAAAGGGUUAUCGCGGCUCCACUCGUUCAGAAACAUUCUGUGGAAUCUUUCUUGAAACAUUUUAGGGGACUGCCGGCAUCUGGCCGUGUUAAUCGUGGCAGAAGCAUGGAUCGUGAAUGA